AUGGGGUGGGGCGCUACAGAGGGGGGCGGGCGGGAGGGCGCCAGAGGGGGAGAGCGGGAGGGCGCCAGAGGGAGAGAGCGGGAGGGCGCCAGAGGGAGAGAGCGGGAGGGCGCCAGAGGGAGAGAGCGGGAGGGCGCCAGAGGGAGAGAGCGGGAGGGCGCCAGAGGGAGAGAGCGGGAGGGCGCCAGAGGGAGAGAGCGGGAGGGCGCCAGAGGGGGAGAGCGGGAGGGCGCCAGAGGGGGAGAGCGGGAGGGCGCCAGAGGGGGAGAGCGGGAGGGCGCCAGAGGGGGAGAGCGGGAGGGCGCCAGAGGGAGAGCGGGAGGGCGCCAGAGGGAGAGCGGGAGGGCGCCAGAGGGAGAGCGGGAGGGCGCCAGAGGGAGAGCGGGAGGGCGCCAGAGGGAGAGCGGGAGGGCGCCAGAGGGAGAGCGGGAGGGCGCCAGAGGGAGAGCGGGAGGGCGCCAGAGGGAGAGCGGGAGGGCGCCAGAGGGAGAGCGGGAGGGCGCCAGAGGGAGAGCGGGAGGGCGCCAGAGGGAGAGCGGGAGGGCGCCAGAGGGAGAGCGGGAGGGCGCCAGAGGGAGAGCGGGAGGGCGCCAGAGGGAGAGCGGGAGGGCGCCAGAGGGAGAGCGGGAGGGCGCCAGAGGGAGAGCGGGAGGGCGCCAGAGGGAGAGCGGGAGGGCGCCAGAGGGAGAGCGGGAGGGCGCCAGAGGGAGAGCGGGAGGGCGCCAGAGGGAGAGCGGGAGGGCGCCAGAGGGAGAGCGGGAGGGCGCCAGAGGGAGAGCGGGAGGGCGCCAGAGGGAGAGCGGGAGGGCGCCAGAGGGAGAGCGGGAGGGCGCCAGAGGGAGAGCGGGAGGGCGCCAGAGGGAGAGCGGGAGGGCGCCAGAGGGAGAGCGGGAGGGCGCCAGAGGGAGAGCGGGAGGGCGCCAGAGGGAGAGCGGGAGGGCGCCAGAGGGAGAGCGGGAGGGCGCCAGAGGGAGAGCGGGAGGGCGCCAGAGGGAGAGCGGGAGGGCGCCAGAGGGAGAGCGGGAGGGCGCCAGAGGGAGAGCGGGAGGGCGCCAGAGGGAGAGCGGGAGGGCGCCAGAGGGAGAGCGGGAGGGCGCCAGAGGGAGAGCGGGAGGGCGCCAGAGGGAGAGCGGGAGGGCGCCAGAGGGAGAGCGGGAGGGCGCCAGAGGGAGAGCGGGAGGGCGCCAGAGGGAGAGCGGGAGGGCGCCAGAGGGAGAGCGGGAGGGCGCCAGAGGGAGAGCGGGAGGGCGCCAGAGGGAGAGCGGGAGGGCGCCAGAGGGAGAGCGGGAGGGCGCCAGAGGGAGAGCGGGAGGGCGCCAGAGGGAGAGCGGGAGGGCGCCAGAGGGAGAGCGGGAGGGCGCCAGAGGGAGAGCGGGAGGGCGCCAGAGGGAGAGCGGGAGGGCGCCAGAGGGAGAGCGGGAGGGCGCCAGAGGGAGAGCGGGAGGGCGCCAGAGGGAGAGCGGGAGGGCGCCAGAGGGAGAGCGGGAGGGCGCCAGAGGGAGAGCGGGAGGGCGCCAGAGGGAGAGCGGGAGGGCGCCAGAGGGAGAGCGGGAGGGCGCCAGAGGGAGAGCGGGAGGGCGCCAGAGGGAGAGCGGGAGGGCGCCAGAGGGAGAGCGGGAGGGCGCCAGAGGGAGAGCGGGAGGGCGCCAGAGGGAGAGCGGGAGGGCGCCAGAGGGAGAGCGGGAGGGCGCCAGAGGGAGAGCGGGAGGGCGCCAGAGGGAGAGCGGGAGGGCGCCAGAGGGAGAGCGGGAGGGCGCCAGAGGGAGAGCGGGAGGGCGCCAGAGGGAGAGCGGGAGGGCGCCAGAGGGAGAGCGGGAGGGCGCCAGAGGGAGAGCGGGAGGGCGCCAGAGGGAGAGCGGGAGGGCGCCAGAGGGAGAGCGGGAGGGCGCCAGAGGGAGAGCGGGAGGGCGCCAGAGGGAGAGCGGGAGGGCGCCAGAGGGAGAGCGGGAGGGCGCCAGAGGGAGAGCGGGAGGGCGCCAGAGGGAGAGCGGGAGGGCGAGUGGGAUAGUGGCGAGGGAGGGCGGGGCGGCGCGACAGGGAGAGCGGGGCGGCGCGACAGGGAGAGCGGGGCGGCGCGACAGGGAGAGCGGGGCGGCGCGACAGGGAGAGCGGGGCGGCGCGACAGGGAGAGCGGGGCGGCGCGACAGGGAGAGCGGGGCGGCGCGACAGGGAGAGCGGGGCGGCGCGACAGGGAGAGCGGGGCGGCGCGACAGGGAGAGCGGGGCGGCGCGACAGGGAGAGCGGGGCGGCGCGACAGGGAGAGCGGGGCGGCGCGACAGGGAGAGCGGGGCGGCGCGACAGGGAGAGCGGGGCGGCGCGACAGGGAGAGCGGGGCGGCGCGACAGGGAGAGCGGGGCGGCGCGACAGGGAGAGCGGGGCGGCGCGACAGGGAGAGCGGGGCGGCGCGACAGGGAGAGCGGGGCGGCGCGACAGGGAGAGCGGGGCGGCGCGACAGGGAGAGCGGGGCGGCGCGACAGGGAGAGCGGGGCGGCGCGACAGGGAGAGCGGGGCGGCGCGACAGGGAGAGCGGGGCGGCGCGACAGGGAGAGCGGGGCGGCGCGACAGGGAGAGCGGGGCGGCGCGACAGGGAGAGCGGGGCGGCGCGACAGGGAGAGCGGGGCGGCGCGACAGGGAGAGCGGGGCGGCGCGACAGGGAGAGCGGGGCGGCGCGACAGGGAGAGCGGGGCGGCGCGACAGGGAGAGCGGGGCGGCGCGACAGGGAGAGCGGGGCGGCGCGACAGGGAGAGCGGGGCGGCGCGACAGGGAGAGCGGGGCGGCGCGACAGGGAGAGCGGGGCGGCGCGACAGGGAGAGCGGGGCGGCGCGACAGGGAGAGCGGGGCGGCGCGACAGGGAGAGCGGGGCGGCGCGACAGGGAGAGCGGGGCGGCGCGACAGGUAGAGCGGGGCGGCGCGACAGGGAGAGUCAACUAA